GUUCGGGAGCCUGGGAAGGGGAAAGACGGACCGUUUCAGUGCCAGCGCAGCAAGGGUCAUAAAGCAGAGUUUAUGAUGGGAUUUACCGCGGCUGGGAGCCUGGCUGCAUCAAGCAUAUAACGAGGGCAAAAGAAUGACAUAGCAAAAUGCAAGAGGAAAGGUGAACUCCAAGUGGGCUUGAAAUAUGGAUAAAGGGAAAACGCUCAGCUCUACGUGUGUUGUAUCAAUGGAGUAUGUGUAAGACACCUUCCUCAUUUUCAGCCACACCGCUGCUACAUCUGGAGCUUCCGGUGCAGCUUCCUCAGGGGGUGUGUGUUCUGCAGCGUCCCCAGAUGCUUUGGAGAACAGCAAAUACAAUGGAAAACAACAGAAACUAAAAGGUGCAGCCAAGUACUUCAGGACCCCGACAUGAGCCUUGGAGCAGAGUCCUAUUCCUAGCCGCGCUGAUCCUUCUGUGGAAAUGCACUGAAGCUCCCAACACAUUGACCUGUGCUGAAAUGGCCACUGUCCCCAAUGGUUUCAACAUUGACACCCCACGCUGGGACCAGAGCACCUUCAUGGGGCGCCUGAAGCAUUUCUUCAAUAUCACCGACCCGCGGACCGUGCUGGUGCCGGAGGAGGAGCUAGACCGGGCCAAGGCCCUUGUGGAAGGCUGCAGGGCUGGGCUGGUGCCACCGGGAAGCAGCCAGGAGCAGCUGCUCUACGCCAAGAAGCUGUAUGACUCGGCCUUCCACCCCGACAGCGGUGAGAAGAUGAACCUCAUUGGGAGGAUGUCCUUCCAGGUGCCCGGGGGCAUGGCCCUCACUGGCUGCAUGCUCCAGUUCUAUCGGACGGUGCCUGCUGUGGUUUUCUGGCAGUGGGUGAACCAGUCCUUCAACGCCGUCGUCAACUAUACCAACCGCAAUGCCGCCUCCCCCAUCUCGCUGAGGCAAAUUGGGGUGGCUUAUGUCAUGGCCACCAGUACAGCCCUGGCCACUGCGGUGGGACUCAACCUCUACACCAAGCGAGCGCCCCCCUUGCUGGCCCGAUGGGUUCCCUUCGCAGCCGUGGCUGCUGCCAACUGUGUCAAUCUCCCCUUGAUGCGGCAGCAGGAGAUUAUCAAUGGAGUGACGGUGACAGACAAGGACAACAAUGAGCUCGGCCGCUCCAGGAGGGCGGCGGUGAAGGGCAUCGCGCAGGUUGUGGUCUCCAGGAUCGCCAUGGCGGCACCAGGCAUGAUUAUUUUGCCCGUCAUCAUGGAGCGGCUGGAGAAAUUCGCCUUCAUGCAGCGGAUCCGGGUGCUCCAUAUGCCUCUGCAAGUGCUGCUGAGCGGGGGCUUCCUCCUGUUCAUGGUGCCAGCAGCCUGUGCCCUGUUCCCGCAGAGAUGGUACCUAUCCCACUAUUUCUCCCUCCUGUGCAGGACCUUGCGAGCCUUCCUCCUCCCCUGGCUCUUCUCUGCCCAUCCCACGAGAGGCAUGCUCCCUUGCGCUGGCUGACCUCGAGCCAGAACUACGCGACAGCAUCGUGGCCAAGCACAGGGAUGAAGUGCUGCACGUCUAUUUCAACAAGGGACUGUGAACAGAUGCUGCCUCAGGAGUCUUUGCACCCCUCCGGCCCCCUGCCACCACCAGCCCUAUGUCCCCUGAGCAGGGCUCGGAGGCAUGGUCGAACCAGAUCUGCCCGCCCCAGCCCAGUAUCAUUUCUGCCAACUCCUUCCCCCAGAGAGGCAGGAUCUGGCUCUGCAUGCCCAGCUUGCAGCAUCUUGGCUUGUCCUGAGCCAUCUUUUGCUGCCUGUGUCCCUGCCUCCCCACCUCUCUCUUGCCCUGGGUGAUGGCUGCGCUUCCCAUGCCUUCCUCUGGCUGGGCGCGGGAGGGAUCUGUCUGCUCUGUCUGAGGAUCAGCCCCACGAGGCAUCAGGCUCUCUCCCACCGGGCUCAGAGCACAGUCCUACCUCUGACAGCAGGUGCCCUGCUAUCACCCAUGUCUUCUACCAGGAACCAAACCACAUUGUUGCCUUAAACCACCGCAGUGGCCUCUUACCAAGAGCUGGAUCCCGCCUUGGCAGGUGGGAAGGGACCUGUCUUCUCUGCACAGGGACCACCUCAAAGUCCAGGGACCAAUGCUUGGACCAUGCCUUCCUUGCUCUCAGGUUCAGGUUUUAUUCACUUUUUGCGAUUGCCACAAUUGAGAGAAAUUGUUGUUGUUGUUGUUGUUAAAAACAAAUAAUUGUUUUUAAGAUCUAAUGUUUGCAAUCUACCCCUUCCUCUGAGCAUGAGAGCCAGACAUCACUGUUGUCCUGCGUCUCACUGUCCCCACAGGCCCCUUUGGACAGGAGGAAGGAGUCAUAGCAAUCACAAAGUUAUUGAGGCAUUAAUUCAGGUUCUGAUUAGCAGCACUGCAAACAACAGAGAAGAAGAUUAAAAAAAUAAAAUGCA